AUGUGGUGUGUGGUUGUGAUUUGGAGGAAGGAAUCGGAGGUUGAUGAUCAUCCGCUGAGUGCUUAUCGUGAUCUAAGUGGAACCAUGGGUUUCCUUGGCGUGAUGGGACUAGUGCUUUUCUCGGCUUCCCUGUCAUCAAGUUUUGCCGUGCCUGGACACGGGAAAUGUGAACAGAUCCAUCUUGAGCUUUGCCAAGACAUUGGCUACAAUCUCACCUCCAUGCCGAACCUCAUUGACCAUGAAACCCAGGAAGAUGCUGCUGUCAGUCUGGAAACAUUUCGGCCGUUGAUCAAGAUCGGAUGCUCGUCGAAACUGCGGAUUUUCCUCUGCGCCGUCCACGCGCCAAUGUGCACGGAGAAAGUGGAAACGCCGAUCGGUCCGUGCAGAAAUCUCUGCAAUUCCGUCCGCGACAAAUGCCUGCCGGUGUUGGAGCAAUUCGGCUACACGUGGCCCGUGGCACUCAACUGCUCGGCAUUCCCGCCGGCCAACAACGACGUGCACAUGUGCAUGGAAGGCCCCGACACGACCGACGGCUCCAACAACGUCCUGGAUGAUUUCGUCGACGAGGAACCCGUGCCGACUCAGACCACGCGGGUUGUGGAACCCGAAAAGCCCCGGGGGUGCGACGGGUUCCGGCAUCCCAAGUCGUUUGUGUUUGUCGAGAGGCCCGGGAAGUGUGCGCAGAUUUGCGAGGCCCCGAUUGCGUUUGCACCCGAAGACCGCAAUUUUGCCGAGGUG